AUGUCCACCCCCCUAACCAACAUCGUCAUCCUCGGCGCCUCAGGCUCCGUCGGCCGCCCCAUCCUCUCCGCCCUCCUCACCCUCCCCUCAAUCAACCUCACAAUUGUAACCCGCACCUCCUCCACCGCCACCUUCCCCACGGCCCCAAACAUCCGCAUCCACACCCUCUCCGACGCCCUCACCCUCACCGAACUAACAGCCGCCUUCAAAAACCACCACGCCGUCAUCGUCGCCCUCUCCACCACCCCCGUAACCAGCGGCACCGGUCCCAACAGCCUCGCCUUCCGCCUCAUCGACGCCGCCCGCGCCGCCGGCGUCCAACGCUUCAUCCCCAGCGAAUUCGGCGCCAAUAACCUCGAUCCCCGCGCUCGCGCCCUGGUGCCUGUCUACGACAUCAAAGGCGCCAUGCUGGAGUAUCUCCAACAAACCUGCGCGGCCAUUAACGGCGCGAUGAGCUGGAUGAGUAUCAGCUGUGGUAGCUGGCUAGACUGGGCGCUUGACCCGGCUAAAUCGGGGAAUUUCCUGGGCAUCGAUGUUAAGGCGAGACGGGCGACGGUGUGGGAUUCGGGCGAGAACCGGUUUGCGGUUACGACGAGUGAGAAUACGGGGUUGGCGGUUGCGAGGGUGCUGGCGGAGCCGGAUAUUGCGAGGGAUAGGCAGGUUUUUCUGUGUGAUUUUUCGACGUGUACGAAUGAGAUUUUGGGGGCGUUGGAGAAGGAGAUGGGGGAGCAGUUUGUGGUGGAGAGGAAGGAGAGUGGACCGUUGAUCAAGGAGUUGAAGAAGAGGUAUGAUGGUGGGGAUAGUGGUGCUGCGUUUCCGAUUUUGGCGAUGAGCUUUGGGGCCGAUGUGGAUGUUGGGUAUGAUUUCCCCAAGGAACAGGAGGUUUGGAAUGAGAAGUUGGGGUUGCCCAAGGUGGGGCUUGAGGAUGUUGUUAGGGAGGCUGUUGAGUUGGCGGCGAGGUCUUAG